AUGCGGCUACUGCGUAUCGAGGAUGAAGACACGUUUGUGUUCGAAGAGUUCUACGACAUCAAGAAGACACCAGCAUACGCCAUUCUUUCACAUACCUGGGGCGAUGGCGAGGUUACCUACCAGGACAUGCGAGAUGGUAGCGACGCUAGAAGCAAGGACGGCUUCGCGAAGAUCGUCGGCUUCUGUAAGCAAGUGCUAAAGGAAGAUAUGAGAUAUGGCUGGGUUGAUACUUGCUGUAUCGAUAAGACCAGCAGUGCAGAGUUGAGUGAAGCUAUUAACUCAAUGUAUCGAUGGUAUGAACUUGCGAAGGUAUGCUUAGUCUAUAUCGCCGACUAUUCAGUGGUAGAGACCGAAACGAACGAGAUAUCUGCUGCUGCUCAAGCGCAUGCGGGAGGUUGGCAAAGCAGUAGAUGGUUCACGAGAGGCUGGACGUUGCAGGAGUUGAUUGCGCCGAAAUCAGUUCAGUUUUUUGAUAACGAUUGGGUAUACGUGUUCGACAAAACCAAACGUGCACCUGAACUGUCUGAAGUGACUGGGAUUGACCAGAUGGUACUGAAGGGAGAGCGACCAGUGCGGACCAUAGGUGUGGCACAGCGCAUGAGUUGGGCCUCGAGACGCCAGACAACACGACAAGAGGACAUCGCAUAUUGUCUUCUUGGGCUUUUUGAGGUUAAUAUGCCACUACUGUAUGGUGAGGGUGCUCGAGCGUUCCUUCGCCUACAAGAAGAGAUCAUGAAGGACUCAAGUGACCAGACAUUGUUUGCGUGGGACGACUGCUUACCUGAAUACGAAGAGGAUGUUGUUCAGCAUGGUGUCUACUCUAUGAGUGGCCUUCUGGCCUCUUCGCCGGCUCAGUUUGCGCGGUCAGCAAAGUUCCUACCAUAUCGCGACCCUCGCGUUGUCUCGACUUACACCAUGACCAAUGAAGGACUACGGAUGGAAUUGCCUAUGGUGACAGUGGACGCCACAGGGCUAUCAUUGGCACUUCUAGCUUGUGUGCGUGGGGGAUCGAGUGGUGAGUGGAAGAAUUAUCGAUCUGAUUCAAACCAGGUUGAGGGAUCUUCAGGAAAGCUUGGUGUCCUCCUAAGGCCUAUAGGGAGCGUUGAUGAACCACAUUUUGCGAGAUGUCGUCAGCAAAAGAUGCUUGUUCAGGCAUCGGGAGAGCAAGAACGCAAGGCCAAGCUUCGCACAAUUUACGUGCGCAAAAGGAUCUCACUUGCGUUGUCGAGUGGUGUACUAUCGCGACAUGGUAUUUUCAUAAGACAGAAGCCACAUCCACAGUCUGGAUUUAAGCUCAAAGCUGUCAGUCCUAGAGACAGAUGGAGUCGUACAGAAGACUUCCUGCAAGCUCCUAUAGUCAAUGCCGUCCUUUUCUUUACCAGUCCAACAACUGCGAGUUUCUCCGUCCUGAUCUGUAUCAAAUCCAGUGAGAAAGACUUCGCUGAUUGGAAGAUAGAAUGUGGCUGUCAGAUUGGAAUGCAUACUCGACGCGAAGGUGUACCACGUGCGAUGAGAGGAAAACAUACGAUGAAGACUUUUGCGAGCUUGGAAGGUGAGAGAAAGGUGAUCGUCGAAGUCUCAAAGGCCAGACUACUAGGCGAGGAGAUCUUCAUGCUUGAUGUCGAUGUCGUUCCUGAAACUGCAGGCAUUUUUGAGCUUCUGGGUAACUUGGCUUUGUGGUAUGAACCGCCCGCGGACGAGGAGAAAGGUGCAUCGGUCAACGAAGAGAAAAGAAAGGUAGGAGUCAUACAAAAGACUCAGGUGUUCGUCGAGUACAGCACAAACGAGCAGCCAUCAAACAGCAAUGAAGCUUAUAGCUCGAAUUUUGUCUCCUCAACCAUGAGGAACGUCGCGUACUCCAGGGAUCUGCCAGACGGAUCACGUCAAGAUCAAGUUUUGCCUCGAAUUGGUCAUGGCGGAAGACAAUGUCAUGCGUAUUCCAACAACCCACUCCUCGAAGAAUAUCUGUCACUCCAACCGGCGGUGCCUGUUAGAAUUGCAGGAGAGGAGGACAAUGACAAGAACAAGCAAAACAAAUCUCCACCGCGAAUCGAAGCGAAGAAGGCAUUGGGAUUUCUGAAGAAACUCGUUUCUUGA